CUCCGGGCAAUGAUGGAGGCGUGGAGGCUGCCUGUGGAGAUUAUCACAUAUAUCCUGAGUUUCCUGCCCAUCUCGGAUAGGAAACAGGCCUCUCUGGUGAACCAAACCUGGUACUUUGCAGCCCAGGACUCCCUGCGUCAGGAGGAUAUCAUCUUCAACAUCCCGGCGAGCUCCGCCUCCCUCAGGACCAUCGUAGGCCUGGCCCGAAGGCACGUGUGCAACGUCAAUAUGCUGAACCUGGACAGUUCCACCACUUCCCGGGACAUUGUCAGGUACGUUGCCAGGUACCUGGGGCCCCACCUGAGCAGCUUGUGCCUGCAAGGGAGCAGCCUGACAGAGGCCAGCUUUGAGGAGCUCCUCCUGGCCUGCCCCUCCCUCACAGCCCUGGAUCUCAGCGGCUGCAACAGCCUCUUCAUGUCUGGGACGCUGCUCUCCAAAAAGGAGUCUUACCUGCAAGCCCAAAAAGCUUUGGUCAACCUGCAGGAGCUUCACCUGUCCGGCGUGCGCUACCUGUCCGACCUCACUUUCAACCGCUUGACCGGCUGCUCUCCGCGCCUGGCCAGGCUCUCCCUCGCCCGUUGCCACGUCACCUUCGAGUUCGACGCUUACUACGGCUCCAGCAACUACAACUCCUCGGUCCUGCUGUCGUUCCGCAAUCUCUUGCAGUUGCUGAGGGAGCGAGCCGGCACCCUGAAGGCUUUGGACUUGAGCGGGACCAGCAUCUCCAGCCAGGCCGUGAAGUCCCUGGUCCAAGUGGAGCACCUGCGCCUGCGAGAGAUAGUGCUGCAGGCCUGCCGGGAUCUGACCAACGAGGCCGUGAGCCUCCUGUGCCAGCACCAGCCUCACCUCACCACGCUGGACCUGAGCGGCUGCUCUGAGCUGACCGACCGGGCCGUCCUCGUCAUCAGCUCCCGGCUCUUGGCCCUUCAGCAUCUGCGGCUGGGGAAGCUCCCGCGGCUGACCGACACCGGCUUCCAGGGCAUCUCGCACCUGAAGCAUCUCCGAAGCCUGGAUGUGUCCGAGUGCAGCCUCGUGAGCGGCAGUGAACUGGUGAAAGCUUUCAGUGCCGUCGAGCCCAAACCGGUCUCCCUGAAGGUCGCCUUCUGCUGUUUACUACGCGACAGCUCGGUCAUCUCUCUGGCUGAAGCCCUGAGCAGCAGCCUGCGGGUUCUGGAUCUCUCGUCCUGCGUAGCCAUCACCAAUCGGAGCGUCCAAGCGAUCUCUUCCCACCUCUUGCGCUUGACUGUCUUGCGGUUGGCCUGGUGCAAAGAACUGACGGACUGGGGCCUGCUGGGAGUUGAGGAGCCCAGAGAGGAGCGUGAACGUGCCAGAGAGAAGGAUGCUGGCCCAAAGUUCAGCAGGAAUUUUGGCAACAUGGGCUUCUUCCAGCCACCUCCACAGGAUCUGGAGCAAGACAGCCAGAUUCUCAUGGACCUCGCCAAGCAGGAUGCCCAAGAGACGUCCCAAGCCUCCUUGAGUGCCCUGACCGGCCUGCAGGAGCUUGACCUGACCGCCUGCGGGAAGCUGACGGACCUGAGCCUUGCCAAGGUCAUUGGCUUCCCUGAGCUCCGCCAGCUGUCCCUCAGCCUCGUGCCCAAUGUCACAGACGUGAGCCUUCUAGCCGUUGCUCGCAACUGCCGGGCCUUGGAGCACCUCUCGCUAAGCCACUGCGUGAACCUGACCGAUCAAGGCUUUGUGGAGGCAGCCGGCUCACUGCCUAGACUGCAGCACCUCGUCCUCUCUGGCUGUAAUCAGCUGACACCAAAGACACUGAAGGCCAUUGGCCAAGAGUGCCAGCAGCUGAAAUGCUUGGAUGUCUCCAUGUGCAGCCAGAUUACCAUGGCCGACGUUGAACAUUUCCAAGCGCACCUCCCGCCGCAGAGUCAGGCUAGCAUCCAGUCGCGGUUCGUGGGCGGGGCAGACCUUUCCAUCACUCUCUGAAAUGGGGGCUUUGUAAGCCAUCAGCCCAGGGAAACGUAGAGACAACCUGGUAGCC